UAAAAUCUACAGGAUGGUAGAUUUCCAGGAACAGGGCUGGGAAUCACUGCUAUAAAUGUGACUGUCUUGAGUGAGAAACUUUCCAAGAAUGUACCCUCUGGCUCUUAUUCACGCUAUGGACACCUACACAGUAAAGUUCCAGCAGAUUACUAGGCUAGAUAAACAAGACCAUAAGACCGUGACCGUGAUGCCAUCAAACAAGUGCCCAUCCACCAUCAUGGGAGAAAGUAACAAGAUGACAGCAAUGGCUGCCGUAAAUGGGGACAUGUCUGCAGUGGAGGGUCUGUCAGAGAACGACAGUGGCCUGGGGAUGGCCAAUGAGAACAGUCCCCUGACUGCUGCUGAACCGCCUUCACCCUUCAGCCCCAAGCAGAACGACGGCGCUGCCUCUCCCCCUGAUACAAACCAGCUGGCAGGUGGCAGGAAGAGAACCCGGAAGCGCUCUGAGACUGAGGACGAGUGCGUCUGGGACUCCUCCUACGGUGAGGAGGACAAAUCGCGGGCCGGGGCAGGCUGCGAAACGGGCCUGAGACAGCGGCCUCCUCCCAGGACUAUUUUCCAGGCUGGCUUGACGCCACACAGCAAGCCCCGCAGCCGGGACCGAGGCCGGCAGGGCAAGCAGGAGCGCGGAAGUCCUCUGAGCCAGGCCAUCACCAGUCCCUGUCUGAUGGUGGGCAGUGUGGUGGAAGGCCCUUCCCUGGAGCUGCUUGAACAGGACUCAAAAGACUCGGCGCAGAGCAGUGUCACGUCCUCCUCUCUCGCUUCUGCUGAAAGCGUCAGUCAGCCUGAGUACAAGGACAACAAAGGCUUUGGCAUCGGGGAGCUGGUGUGGGGCAAGAUCAAAGGCUUCUCCUGGUGGCCGGGCAUCGUGGUGACCUGGCGUGCCACAGGCAAGAGGCAGGCCUCCCAUGGCAUGAGGUGGCUGCAGUGGUUUGGAGAUGGAAAGUUCUCAGAGGUCUCUGCAGACAAGCUGGAUUCCAUCACAGCCUUUCCCAAGUUCUUCAACCAGGCCUCCUACACCAAACUGGCAUCAUAUCGGCGAGCCAUCUUCCAAGCCUUGGAGAUGGCCAGUAUGCGUGCCCAGAAGACCUUCCCGCCCUGCGAGUCAGACAACCCAGAGGACCUUGUGAAGCCCAUGCUGGACUGGGCCAAUGGGGGCUUCCAACCCAAAGGGUCUGAGGGGCUCAAACCCACAGAGAACUCUGAAAAUGGAUCACUGAAUCACCAGGUCCUUGACGUUAGUCUGCCGGAGUAUUUCCCCACAGCCAAGAGACCAAAGCUUAACUUGUGCAAGGCCAAGCAGAGCACUGAAGAUGUCUACAGCAGAGAGCAAAUGGUCCAUGAAAUUUUGAAGAAUAACAGAAGCAUAGAAGAAUUUUGCCUCUCUUGUGGGAAAACAAGAGCGGCAACCUUUCACCCACUUUUUGAAGGAGGACUUUGCCAAACAUGCAAGGAUGUGUAUUUAGAGAUGUCCUACAUGUAUGACGAUGAUGGCUACCAGUCCUACUGCACAGUAUGCUGUGGGGGCCGGGAGGUGCUCCUCUGUGGGAACGCCAACUGCUGCAGGUGUUUCUGCGUGGACUGUCUGGAUAUCCUAGUGGGGCCUGGGGCCUCGGACAGUGCCAGGGUGCUGGACCCCUGGCGCUGCUACAUGUGCCAGCCUGCCCUGCAGUACGGCGUGCUCCGACGCCGGCACGACUGGAGCAUCAAGCUGCAGGAGUUCUUCAUCAACGACAACGGGCAGGAGUUUGAAAGUCCAAAGAUCUACCCAGCGGUCCCGGCAGAGCAGAGACGUCCAAUCCGUGUCCUUUCUCUGUUCGACGGUAUUGCCACUGGAUAUCUUGUGUUGAGAGACCUCGGCUUCAAGGUGGACCAGUACAUUGCGUCAGAGGUGUGUGAAGACUCCAUCUCCGUGGGAGUCGUCCGACAUGAAGGAAGAAUCCAGUACGUGCACGACGUGCGGAACAUCACCCGGAAGAACAUUGCAGAAUGGGGGCCGUUUGACCUGGUGAUUGGUGGAAGUCCAUGCAAUGACCUCUCCAUCGUCAAUCCAGCCAGAAAGGGGCUGUAUGAGGGCACGGGUAGGCUGUUCUUCGAAUUCUACCGGCUCCUGAGUGAAGCCAAGCCCAAGGAGGGGGAGGACCGCCCCUUCUUCUGGAUGUUCGAGAACGUGGUCGCCAUGGGCGUCAACGAUAAGAGGGACAUCUCCCGCUUCCUGGAGUGCAACCCUGUGAUGAUCGACGCCAUCGAGGUCUCGGCCGCGCACAGGGCUCGUUAUUUCUGGGGGAACCUACCUGGGAUGAACAGACCACUGUGUGCCUCGGGAAUGGACAAACUGGAGUUGCAGGAUUGCUUGGAGCAUGGACGCGUGGCAAAGUUUGGAAAGGUGCGCACCAUCACCACACGGUCCAACUCCAUCAAGCAGGGUAAGGACCAACACUUCCCUGUCAUGAUGAAUGGGAAGGAGGACAUCCUGUGGUGCACAGAGCUGGAGAGGAUUUUUGGAUUCCCGGUACACUAUACAGAUGUGUCCAACAUGGGUCGUGGCGCCAGACAGAAACUCCUGGGUCGGUCCUGGAGUGUACCUGUGAUUAGGCACCUGUUCGCCCCACUAAAGGACUACUUCGCUUGCGAAUAGUAUCCUGGCCCGUGCCCCUCAGUCUAGAUUAUUUGCAGAAUACAUGGGGUAGAGAAUAAAUUCUCACUCUCUGCACUGAACGCUGCAGGGCCCCAUCUUUUCCAGGACAGGGCAUUGACACUAGAGGCAGUCUUCUACUUUAACAAAACCAGCUGUUGCAGAGAUGCCAUCUUCUUUGUUUAAAAGAUCUUUAAGAUGCACGGUCAGCAGCCAGAGACAUUUUAGACUGUGCUUUAGUCACAUGCAUUAGGCCUAUGCCCCAACUUGAAGGAGAGCUCCAGUCCCAAAUUAGAUUCAUUUAUGUUUUACAUGUGUGGAGUACUUCUAGUACAAUCUUUGCUUGAUUUAGCUUCCUGAACCAUGUCCAGUAAUCUAGAAUUCUGCCAUUAUCUCCCAGGAAAUGAUUUAAGCUGGUUUUACUUAUAGCCUGAGCUUCUCACUGGAGUUUCCUGCUGAAGAAGAUGUCCUCUAAGAUCACAGGUGUAAAAUGGUAAAAUGCCAUUUUUAAACAAUGAAAUCAUCUCCAUGCAAAUACUGCACAUUGAUUCAUAUAUUGAUAGAGCACAUUCAACAAUUAGAACAGAGGUUUAUAUUUUUGUACUAAUUCUCAGGAAACCUCAGAUUUCGUGUCGACUGGGAGAGAAGGGUUGGAUUCAAGGGUGCAUGUGCCCAGUCAUACCUAUAAGCACUGCAUACACAUCAUGAAACAUAUCAAAUUUAUCAUUUUUUGGCAGAGAAUUUUCAUUUUCAGUUCAGAGUAUGAAUGAAAGGGAGGGGUCUGCUUAUUGGCAAUAAGUCAGCCAUUUUGGGCCAUACUUAAGGGCUAUACCUCAGUUUAACCAUCAUAACCUACAGGCAGCACUUUUUUCACCCCGUCUACUGUGAGAUUUUAACAAGGAAUGUCUUUUCUAUUAAGAUAUAAAAUAUAUGCAAAACAUUUACACUGAUCUUCUUUAUUAUAUCACAGCAUCGGUUUUAAAUUUAUUUGAAGUAAAAAACAAACAAAAAACAUGAUUCAAAAAAAAAAACUUUAAUUUGAUGGAUUUCUUUUUAAAGGACAAUUAAAGUUAGACACUUUAAGAUUUUUUUAUGUAAAAAUUUGGCAUUGCAAAACAUGUACACAGGGAACACAUGAUAUGAUAUACAUGAUGUGAAUUGUACAUUUGAUUACGUUAAGUAGCAGAAAUGUCAAUUAAUACUUGAAAAAAAAAUGAAUGAACAAAAAAGAAUCACAAUAGGGGGUGAAGAAGCAGACAAAGAAUAAAUAGUGGGCUUUCACCAAAAACAAGUGGGCACUACCUCGACCUUCAAAGCCAGAAUACCGGGUAUAUUUCAUGUUUAUCCACACUCAAAAAUAUACGAAAAUAUAGCAUUUUUUGUUUCAUAUAUUCUAUAUUAUGUCACAUAUUUUAGUUAGUGGAAUGUUUAUAUAGUGAUUAUGUACUGUAUGUGAUGCUUGAAAAAAUGUUUACAAUUAAACUGUCCUUCCAAUAUAGAAAUAUUUCAGGACAAAAAAUCUGAGAAAAAGUGUUUUUUAUUAUUAUUACUUGGAUGGAAGUAAACCUUAAAAUUGUUUAGUCCAUUUUCUUUGCUAGCUCAACUUUAAUAUUUUUUCUACUAACUGUGUUUUAUACUGUGCAGCAAAUGAGUGAUGCAUCUGAUUAGCUUUUUUAAAACUGUCUUAUGUUAAUUAAUAAAUUAGAACAGUUCAACAAUAUAUAUGCUCAUUGUGCCUUUUUAGAAUAUGCAUAUACUACUGUAUAUUAAACAUUUCAAUGUAAUCUUUGGUAUUAUGGCAGUAUUUCACAUAGAAUGAUCUAUAUGCUUCCCUGUGCCUAACAACAAUGAAUUGUUUACAUGCCUUUUAUUGUAUGGUAAACUUUGUUGGAUGUCUUACUUCUGUAUAAGAGCUUUUUUUAACAUACAGAAUUAUCUAUGGCUUGCAGUUAUUUCAGUCUGUUUUAUAUUACUUAUUAACCUGUCUUUGAGAGUUGUAUGUCCGGUUUCUUUCCAUUUUUUUUUGUUUAGAAUGUAGACAGUACAUUGGAUAUAUCAUACAAUGUAAGCUUUGUUUUUUUUAUCUUAAAAUGAUGUUGUAGUUUAUUGUAGAACCUCUGAUGUUACACAUUUUUACAUUUUAUCUACAUUAGUAUAUUAGUAAUAUCUUCUUUGAACAUUAAGUAGAUGUUUAGGUUUUUAAACUUUUAAAAGAAAUGUAUUUUCUUUUGACUCUUGCAAUGGAAUAUAGUCCUUUUUAUGUCUUUUAUUUCAACAGCCUACAUGGAAUUAUUUUUUAUCAGUCUUAGUUUUAUUCUGAGAAUAAGACAUAUCAAAAUGCAGGUGGAUGUCAUUGGACAAGAUGGCGCCUGUAGUUUUAUUUUUGUAAUUUUUGUCAGCUUUUGAAAGAGCAACAGAAUGAUAUCAAAGUUGUGUACCUGCUGCUUUCUGUCAUGUAUCAAUAAAGCUGAUUUAGCCCAAUGUUAA